CCUUUCCCGGUGGCCUAAAUUCACUCUCCUCCCUCCUAUUCAAAAUUUGUCAACGUUUGCUUGUUCACAGGCACAGGCAGCGGUGUCACUACUCUCUCUCUCUCUCUUUUCAUAAGCCAUGACUUUUGAUUUUUACAUGAAUGAAUGAUUUCCUAACUCUGCUUAAUCCGCGAUUUUUGGGUCCCAGAACUUCACCUUGGAAAUCGUCCCCACAAUCUAGCUUAGGACAUGAUCAUCCAUUUUCUGUGAUUUUCAAGCUUUCCGAAAAUCUAGGGUCUUUAUCCACUUGUGUUGUAUUUUCGAAAAUCUAGGCUUUAAAUUCUGUUUUUUGCUUGGUUUGGGUUGAGUUUCCGGAUUCUUGAUUGUUCAGGGUUUUGAUCUUUUCUUGGACGGUUAAGCUUUUCAUUGUUUCUUAGUGCAGCGGACUCUGAUUCCACUUUCACGAUUUGUAAUCCUCCUUAUAGACACAUUAUUUUUCUUGAGAAAGAAACAAUUUCUCAAGAAUACGGGAUUUUUCUCGCAGGGAGGAACUCUUGAUUUGGAAAAAGUUGUUUCAAGAAUUCGUGAUUUCUUGCAAACACUGAUUCUUGAUUAUAUAUUCUUCAAGAAUUGGUGAAUAUUUUUUUUGCAAGAAACCGAUUCUUGAUUCUUGUUACAAGUCUUGGUUAUAUUUUUCAAUGGAGUCCGAGACUGCUGUGAAAUUAACUCUGUUGAAGCAAUCGUCUUUAGCGCCGGAUAGGGACUAUGAGGAUCUUGAUGAUCUGGAAGGUGAACACGAAGAUGGCGACGUGAGUGACAUAGAUCCAGGAUUGAAGCUAAUGUAUUUGGCGAAUGAGGGUGACUUGGAUGGAAUCAAGGAGCUUUUAGACUCUGGUGCUGAUGUUAACUUCCGGGAUAUCGAUCACCGGACUGCACUUCAUGUUGCCGCCUGCCAGGGCCUCGAUGACGUUGCCCAGCUAUUGCUUGAAAAUGGGGCGCAGGUGGACCCAGAAGAUCGGUGGGGAAGCACGCCUCUUGCAGAUGCCAUACAUUAUAAAAAUCAUGAUGUGAUCAAACUAUUGGAGAAACAUGGUGCCAAGCAUUUGAUGGCUCCCAUGCAUGUCCAAAAUGCUCGUGAGGUACCUGAGUAUGAGAUUGAUCCCAUGGAACUUGAUUUUACCAACAGCGUUGAAAUAACCAAGGGAACCUAUAGAAUAGCUUCAUGGCGUGGAACACAGGUUGCUGUGAAAACAUUUUGGGAAGGAUUUUCUGAUGAGGACAAAGUGGAGGCAUUUAGAGCUGAGCUUGCGUUACUUCAGAAAAUAAGACAUCCAAAUGUCGUUCAAUUUCUUGGUGCUGUAACGCAAAGCAGUCCUAUGAUGAUUGUGACAGAAUAUUUACCAAAGGGAGACCUUCGUGAAUUUUUGAAAAAAAAAGGAGCACUUAAACCUGCAACAGCUCUCAGAUUUGCAAUGGAUAUUGCCAGGGGAAUGAACUAUCUACAUGAACAUAAACCUGAAGCAAUUAUUCACCGUGAUCUUGAGCCUUCGAAUAUCUUGCGGGAUGACUCUGGACACCUGAAAGUUGCUGACUUUGGAGUAAGCAAGCUUCUUAAAGUUACCAGCAGAGUUAAAGAAGACAGGCCCCUUACUUAUGAGGAGACUUCUUGUCGUUAUAUGGCUCCUGAGGUUUUCAGAAAUGAAGAGUACGGGACAAAAGUAGAUGUUUUCUCUUUUGCAUUAAUUUUGCAAGAGAUGAUUGAAGGAUGCCCACCAUUCCAUUCAAAGAAAGAUGAAGAUGUGCCCAAAUACUAUGCUGCGAAAGAGCGCCCUCCGUUCAGAGCCUCAAUGAAGCUUUAUGCUCAUGGACUAAAAGAGUUGAUUCAGGUGUGUUGGAGUGAUAACCCGGCUAAUAGACCUACGUUUAAGCAAAUCAUUCCCCGGCUGGAUGCCAUCUACAACAGCUUCGGCCGCAGAAGGCGUUGGAAGGUGAUGAGGCCAUUGAAAUGCUUUCAGAACUUAGACUGGAAGAAAGAUGGUUCUAGUUUAGGCCGAGAUUCAUCUAGAUCUGAAGGAAGCAUCUAAAUUCUGCAGGACACGCCCUCUUUUCCUGUCUUGAGGCCCCAGGAGUUGUUACCUGAGUAGUGCUGAAACUAGUCAGUGUUGUUCUUUGAGAUAGGAUCAUUAUUUGUGUUUCAUUUGAUGAUAGUGUACAAAAAGAACCUGUACAUUUGUUCCCUUCUUGCGGGCUGAGAACAAGUAAUGAGCCGCCGCCUUAUUUUCGUGUUGUUUCAUGAAGUUGCCAAUGUCUGUAAAUUAUUGUAGCAGUUUAACAGGUUUGGUUAUGGACGCUGCGAUUUAGCUUACUGGACGACGUUUGAUAGAGCAAGUGAUUUUAACAACAGUUAAUCAAUUGUAAUGCAUUUAGCCAUAGGCUUCCAGCA